GUUGAAGAGGAUAAAUGACUUCUUCUGCGCUCUGUUGUAAAUUCAAUUCAAAACCACAGAAACGGAGGAGUCUACUCUGGCAGACAUGUGCCCGAAGAGAGAUUACCGUCUAAACGUGUACGGUCUGCUGUUGAUUUUCGGUUCUCUGCUGACGGAGACCCGCGGUCAAGGAAAGAGCAGGAACAGUGGCGGGGUCGCGGGGGCAGCAGGAGGGCACAGCCCGUUUCCCACGCCGCAGGAUCCGGAAGGUGAGAUCAGCCCGGCCACAACAGCUCCUCCGGUUAGCUUCCACAGCCACCACCCGCUCCUGGGAGAGUUCAUCCACGAAAGGCUGCUGAAGAAGGAUUUCCUGGGCCAGCAGCAUUUCUUCUCCAAUGGGGAGGCUGCUGGGCGUCCUACACUUCCCACGGCCGACUCGUACGCGGGCGGGGACCCCUCGACCAAGCUGGUGCCACACGAGGAUGCACCAGCCUUCUCGGACAUUGCCACUACCACCACCAUGGCCACUACUUCCCCCAUGACCACGAUGGCCACCACAGCCCAGGAGUCUGCAGCUUCCCUGGCCCAGAGUGGAGCAGGGAAGAACCAGGGGAGACCCACGGAGAUGGAGAUGGAGAGGGUGGAAAUGACCUUGGAGUCCCUGACCACCCCCGUCAUCCAGCUCACUGCCUCCAACGUCCAUGGCAACAGCCCCGCCCUUGCCACACCCACUGGGGAGGGGCCUGUCAGUACCGGCGGGGUAACCGCGGCGACCAGCCUUGCCGUCUCAGCCCUCACCGAGUCAGUGAGAAGUGAAGCAGCUCACACCCAACAGCCCAUCGCUGAGCAGAACAUGGGUACUGCCAGCGAGAUCACAGCAAUGACGUCGUCCUCCUCCUCGGGGGAGACCGACGAAGAGACCACCACAACCACUAUCAUCACCACCACCAUCAUCACCACAAUGCAGACGCCAGUUCCCUGUAAUUCAAACUUCACUGCCCCAGAGGGCUACAUUGAGUCACCCAGGCCGUCCAGUGUCUGGUACUACUCCAGCAUGGACUGCACUUACUCCGUCACAAGUUUCCUGGGAUACGGAGUGGAAAUCCAGGUGCUGAACGUCAGCCUGUCCGAGGGGGAGACCGUGACGCUGGAGGACCUGGGAGGGCGGGAGCCCUCUGUCCUGGCCAACGAGUCCAUCCUGACGAAGGGGUUGGUGGUCCGCAGCUGGAGCAACCAAAUAGCCAUCCGCUUCCAGAGUGAGCAGCAGCCUCGGCCGGGAUCCUUCCUCCUGCGAUACCAAGACGAAGGAGAGAGCUCGUUUGUUGAUUCUGUUUCUUUUUACCCCCCCCACCGACCUCUCUCACCCCCACCCCCACCCCCCACCCUCUUUCCUUGCCCUCUGACCCCUGCAGCCGCCUGCGGGGGCGUCGUCAGGAACGCCACGGUGGGCCGCAUCGUUUCCCCCGGUUUCCCCGGCAACUACAGCAACAACCUGACGUGCCACUGGGUGCUGGAGGCGCCGGAGGGGCAGCGGCUGCACGUCCACUUCGAGAAGGUGGCGCUGGCCGAGGACGACGACAGGCUGCUCAUAAAGAACGGGAACAACAUCGACUCGGCGCCCGUGUACGACUCCUACGAGGUGGAGUACCUUCCCAUUGAGGGCUUGGUCAGCAGCUCGCGGCACUUCUUCGUGGAGCUCACCACGGACGGGUCAGGAACGUCCACUGGGGCCGCUCUCCGCUACGAAGCCUUUGCCCCAGGACACUGCUACGAGCCCUUCGUGAAAUACGGCAACUUCACCAGCAGCGACGUGAACUACCCGGUGGGCACGGUGGUGGAGUUCGCCUGCGAUCCCGGCUACACCCUGGAGCAGGGCUCCAUCAUCAUCGAGUGUGUGGACCCCAACAACCCUCAGUGGAACGAGACCGAGCCAGCAUGCAGAGCGGUCUGCAGUGGGGAGAUCACCGAUUCUGCAGGAGUGGUGCUCUCUCCCAACUGGCCAGAAGCUUACGACAAGGGGCAGGACUGCAUCUGGGGGAUACACGUCGAGGAGGACAAGAGAAUCAUGUUGGACAUCCAAAUGCUACAUGUGGGGAAGAACGACGUGUUGACGUUCUACGAUGGAGAUGACCUGACAGCGAAGAUCCUGGGACAGUACAGUGGUACCCAUGGCCGCUUCAAGCUCUAUACCUCUAUGGCUGACGUCACCAUCCAGUUCCAGUCUGAUCCUGCCACUAACAUCUUUGGCUACCACAAUGGAUUUGUCAUCCACUUCUUUGAGGUCCCCCGAAAUGACACCUGUCCAGAGCUCCCCGAGAUUCCCAAUGGCUGGAAGACCACCUCACACCCAGAGCUCAUCCAUGGCACAGUCGUCACGUACCAGUGCUAUCCUGGGUACGAUGUGGUGGGGACAGAGAUCCUGAUGUGCCAGUGGGAUCUAACAUGGAGCGGGGACCUGCCCAGCUGUGAAAAAGUGGUCACGUGUGCAGACCCCGGGACCGCGGAGCACAGCCGCAGAGUGAUGUCAGGGCCCCGGUUCACGGUGGGCUCCACGGUGCAGUACGUGUGCAACAAGGGCUACGUGCUGUCGGGCAACAGCCUGCUCACCUGCUACAGUCGGGAUUCUGGGAGCCCCAAGUGGAGCGAGAGGCUGCCCAAGUGUGUUGGUAAGUGCGAACCCCCCAGCCCAGACCGGGGGCGUCUCAGGCAGAGAGGGUGUCUUUGCUCCUUUCUAGCUUCCAGUUCCGAGUAUUUAAAUGAACGGAGAUUAGACGUUGCGAAGGCAUCAGCUGACUACCCUAUGGAGGGGACAAACAUCGCGAUUGCAGUCCUCAUUCCGGUGGUGAUCAUCGCCAUUCUCAUCAUGGGGAUGUACCUCUACUUCUCAAAGGUCCAGGGCAAAUCCUUAAGGCUUCCUCUGUCCACCUCACACCCGUACGACCACAUCACAGUGGAGUCGGCCUUCGAUAACCCCAUCUACGAGACUGGAGUAAGUACCGACUCUAUGCACCUGAGAGACGUGGACUCGCAAAACACCAUCGUCCUGUCUUGAUCACCCCCUCCGCUGCCGCUGCUUGCUGCCUGCCUGCCAUCUCAGGGCUGAACAGCAGAGGGCUCCACUCACUCACACCCCUGCAUGCUGGUCAGCUGCGGAGGUCAGGGAGGAUUAUCCUACACGGGCUCUGGCCAGCACAGUGUUCAGCACACAGCCCCGGCUAUCUGCUCCCUUGUUGGGCAUCUACCAUCCCCAUCGGAGGCACUUUCACUUUGUCAUUACAGGCAUUAAGUGUAGCCUCAUGCCUUCACAGCAUAAGACAAGACUUUUUAUUAAAUCUUCCCUCUACUGCUGCUUAAUCUUUAUUUUAAUGCCAGAUGUGGUUGAUAGCUUUUGCAGUACUUGUAUGUGGUGCAUUCAUAGCUCGUUCUGGAUCCUUUUAGCCAAAAUUGUGCCCCUCACUUUUGGAGCAAUGCUUGGCAACAGUGUAUUCACACCCCGGAAAAUUUGUCUCAAUGAUAUUAACACCCUUUGCACCAGAGCAGACUUUGGGGAUGUGCCUGAUGUUCUGCACACUGCAAUUCUCUAUGUAUUUUGUAUGUGUGUGUACAUGUGCCCUGCAAAGGUUCAUUGCAUGAGUAUGUCCAGGGCAUUGUCCCACCUUGUGCCCCGUACUUCCCAGAAUAGGCUCCGGAUUUCUGCGAUCCCACAAGGAAUAUGGAAGCAGUUAUCCAAUAGUGCUUGGAUGGGCAGUAUACAUGAAGGACAGUACCAGACAGAAUACAAGUAGAGCACAGGCCUAGGGAUGGGGAGAAUUUUCCUACAGUGUUGUAGAACAGUUACUGACGGCUACAGAAAAUCCGUUUUUAAUAAUGCUACUUAGCAUGACUAAAGCACACUUGUAAGCUGAUAUAGUUCACCUUCCAGAGCUGUACUGAUGUAAUCAUAUUAGCUGAUCUAUGUCAGCUUUGGUCACCCACAAUGCAUGUGAUGCAAAUUGUGUUUACAACUGAGCAACAGCCCCAAACAUUGACCUCCUCUACUGUGUGACCUGGCUUGUCUGUUCUGUGGCUUCACAGUACUGUCCUCCUGAUUUGUUCUUACAUUGUCAACCUGGCCUCUUACAGAUCUGCUACCAUUUUUUUUAUCUUUUCAAAGUUAUCAACCCUUGCAGUAAUCUGGAGCAGUUUCUGGAGAAUGCUAGUUUAUAGGUAGUAGAGAGAUUGACGUUUCUAAAAGUAAUAUUAGAAUAUUUAAUUAAAAAGUACAAAUGUAUUUUCUGUAGUAUCUAAUCUUGAAGAAUUGAUUUGCAGUGUUUGGUAAAACAGUAUUUGUGCAAUAUUAAAUAUACUUAGGUUAUAUCAUGCAAGCAUUAAUGUAUAUCAGAAGUGUAAGUAAUAUAUCUCUUAUAAAUUACAUAUUUUUGCAGUCUAAUUUUGUAGUUUUGCUGAAGAACCACACUUAAGAUUUGAUUUUUUCGUUUAUAACAGUAAUUGAAAUGUCAGUUGCUAUGAAUGUACUGUAUUUUGAAACAGUUGUUGUAUUAAGACUAUCUCUGUGUGUUAAAGGGAUGUGUUUUCUGUGUGUACUCCUAGGAAAGGAUUUUUAAAUUCUCUGCUGUGUGGCGUGUUACGCAAUAAUUACAUUUUGCAUAGAUGCAUUCUCAAAAUCAGCACUGUGGAAAGAAUAUGAAAGUGUUAUGACAAAUGCAUUUAAAUUAAACUGACAGAAAACUGA